GGAUGGAUUUGCAUUUUGGUUGGGAAAUGACUGAACCAGGCCCAUUUUGGCAGCUCAACUUCCCCCUGGGUGGGGCAGCAAGCCCCAAUAAAAAGGCCCUCUGCUGCAUCACUGCCAUCCUCCUGCUACUCAAGUCCUGAUAGACUUUGGAGAACCUGAUUCUAAGAUUCCAGAAAGAUGUCUCAGCAGCAGCAGCAGUGCAAGCAGCCCUGCCAGCCACCUCCAGUAGUGUGCCCACCGAAAUGCCCUGAGCCUUGCCCACCUCCAAAGUGCCCUGAGCCAUGCCCACCUCCAAAGUGCCCUGAGCCAUGCCCACCUCCUCAGUGCCAGCAGAAAUGCCCUCCUGUGCCACCUCCCCAACAAUGCCAAGAGAAGUGCCCACCCAAGUGCAAGUAACAACAUCAGCUUUUAUCUGGAUCAGGAAAGGAUAAGGACAGUUGACUCACCUAGCUCCACAGCUCUACCUUUGCCUUCUCUUCAAAUCCCAUCAUGGAUACAGAAGGAGCUUCUCCAUCCUUCAGCCAGCAAUAUGCCUGUGGCGAUUUCAGACAGCUAGAGGUUUCCUUUCUGAGGUUGCUAUACUGCUUUGCUCUUGGAAGUGCCCAAGAAAGCAUCACAAAGCUUCAGAAGGAAGAACAGCAGCUCUUCUCCUGGGUCCCAUCAGAGGAUUCUCUCACUGUCUUCUGUGUCUGUCAUCUGGGCAGGGGUUUCUACAGGCUGGGAAAUUGUUACUUAUCCUCUACGUCCUGAAUAAAGUAGAAUUCCUUUGUGUGAUGUUAAAA